CCAUGGCUACAUCAUCCGAGAUGAAUCCGCGCGACAAACCGGGGAAUCCCUGACGGUCCAAGGGUCGUGAAACGGGGCUGCUCCUCUCCUCGGGCCCAAAGUCGAGCUUUUACAUCCGCCAUAGGAAAUAGAAGAAGAAAAAACAAGAACCAUCUUCCUAGAGUCACUCAUUCUCGCCCGUCGACCCAGAGCCUCGAACCCGCAGCGCUCCGCAUCGAACCAACGCGUAUUGGCCGCCACGGCUUCCUCUUCGACGGAAAAAUUGCCUGGAGUACGAACGUGAUUGCUUUUCGGAAAAGCUGAUAGAAGCGGACGUCAGCAAUGAUGUGACAAUAAAGCUAUCAGCUUCUUCUCAUAUCUGGGAUCGCUUCGAGCCCCAGUGAAUCCAGUGCUUCCCGAAACACAAAAAAUAAAAGAAAAUCUAAAAAAGAAAACAAAGUCUAAAAAAGACUUAAAAAAAAGAAAUCCAAAACUGAACAUCGACUGAUCUGCAAAUAGAAGAGAAAGAAACAUCUGUGCCAAAAUCCGAGGCCAAACUACUGUGUCAAAAAAGGACAGCCGACAAAAAACUAAAAGACUAAAUCAAGGAAAUUAAAAAAUUAGAAGAAUAUUAGCAAAAGCUGAAGAAAAUAAAGAAAAUCUAGAUAAAAAAUAAGUUGCCAAAUAGAAACAAAAAGAGGAGAGAGACUGAAAAAGUGGAAAGGAUAAAAAAUAAAAUGGGUAAUAAGUUGUCCUGCAGCUGUGCACCUUUGAUUAGAAAGGCAUAUCGAUACGAAGAUUCCCCAUGGCAAACGGGACCCAGAGUUGGGAUAGCCGGAAAUACAGGACGAAGAGGUGACACUGGCCACUUGCUCAGGUGCGGAAGCUUAAGAGAGAGGAAGAGACUUUGGGCUGAAGUCUUCCAUGUAAGCGCCAGCAGUGGAUCUGUAAAAUGGCAACAAAUUUCCGAGGAUUUGGUGCCAGUCAAUAUCACCUGCAUUCAAGAUUCACCAGAAUGCAUCUUCCAUAUUACAGCUUAUAAUAGUCAGGUGGACAAGAUCCUGGACGUACGACUGGUUCAACCAGGUACAAGAAUCGGCCAGGCAUCGGAAUGCUUUGUUUAUUGGAAGGAUACGAUGACAAAUGACACUUGGGGAUUGAAUUUUACCUCUCCAAUCGACGCCAAACAAUUUCGCGAAUGUUGCUCACCCUCUUUUAAGAUUUCAAGAAAGGCCUCUUCUUCCUAUUCCCUAAAGUUGGAACCACCAAACAAGCAAAAGGUGAAACCUCGAAGAAAACCUCUUUCGACCCCAGCAUCGCCAAACAGAUCGAAGGAACCAAUUUGCACCUGCAUGACUCCUGAACAAUUCGCCAGACUUCGAAGUCAAGAUCCAAGAUAUCGUAGUUCAUGCGGCCCAUCGACUUUACCACGAACUAUGGCGCGAUCGACUGAAAUGGAAAUGACACCAGGACGUGAUAAAAUAACGGCGGCGACGUCCAGCGCAUCUCUGUACGACAAUGUCAAUAACGCAAAUCAACCUUUAGGAAAAUCCUUAAAGAGCGGAGAUACCAUGAAAAAAGACAAACAGCAGCAGAACGAAACUUGCCAAACGACUCCAAAAACUGCAAACGUGGGGAUUGGUACUGCGACUGUUGGCUCACAGAUCGACAGCCCAGAAGACAAGGGAUCCUCGAUUUCUCCCAAAAAGGGUUCAAAACAAAAUCAGGAUACUUCGACUCACCAGAAUGGAAUGGAAACGCUCAAAUCUGAAGGAACUCAAGCAGGAGGAACUCUACAAAAUAAAUCUCUUCGUCGAGAGCAACUGCAUCACACAAAAUCGGCCGAUUAUACCGAAUUAGAAAUGCAAAAUGGAAAUAUUUUCAAUAUCGUGAAUAAUAAUCACAGUCGUAAAUCCAAAAGCAAAAGCACCGACGACAUGAGAAUUGAAAAUGCUCAAAAUGGAAUAAGUCUGGAUUCAAAUACUUUGAAGAGGAUGUUAAAGCCAAUGUCGAGUGUUGAUAGUCCAGUGACUUCACCAGAAAUGUCGAGGAAAAAACAUGCGCAUCAUGGAUAUCAUUAUCAUCCGAGCAAUAACAAUCAGAAAUACAUGGUUUCCGAAGGAGAAAAUGAAAAUUAUCAUUACAGGAGUCCAUACAAUAACAAAUUCCAAGGAUCAAGGAGUGUUCAUGACAUGGGAAGGCAGUACAGUACUAGGAGCGGAAGAAGCAGGAUGUACUUAGAUUUGGAACCUAAUCGCUGCACAGGUGAUGUCUCUCCACCUUCGGACAACGUGAUCUUCGAUAAUCAGUGUUACGCCACAACCCCAAGUUCCUCCAACGGGAAUUCGGACAUGGAACAGCCGAAUCAUUGCAAUUCAAGAAAAUGUAAUGGAGGACAAUAUCAUCAGCAAAAUAUGCAGUCAGCAUCAACUCCUGGAAGUCCAACUAGCAGACUUCUUCUGGAAUACGAGAUGCAUCUGCGGAAUACUUUGGCUAAGGGGAUGGAUGCUGAGAGCAUCAGUCUUCAUACUUUCGAAGCUUUGCUGACACAGAGUAUGGAAAAUCUUGAGUUCGCAGAAAAUAUCCCCUUAAAUGUACAGCGCACCCCACACGCAUCAAGAAGGCGCUCAAGUUCAAAUAAAUCGUCAACUUUGCCCCUCUCUUAUCGUUAUUGUACUGAGAGGCAGAACAGCAAAGAUCGGGAUGGAUAUUAUAGUGACAGAAACGAAAUCAUCAGAGAAAAAAGGGAACGAGAAAUCGAUCGUGAUCGCGGAUAUCUCAGCGAUUACAAUUCUAGAUGUGCCAGUUGCAUCGGGGAAUCAGCUCGCGCUCAAUGGUUCAGACAUUCGGAUGGAUGGCAAUCCGGCAGUUCGACUCUCGGAUCAGCGGCUUCCAGUUCAAUGAAUCCAAGCUAUACUGGACAUAAAAGGGAAUCCCCUUGGGAUUCACUUCCCUCUCUUCGACACGAAGGAAGCCUCAACGACUCUGGUUACAAAUCUAACCGAACCGACUCUCUAGAGCAAAGAGGAACUUUUGACAGACAAGACAGCGUGAGAUCGGAUUAUAUGUCAGACAGAGAAAGCAGGUACGGGAUCGUGCAACAAGCUUCUUUAGAGAGCACAGACUCAAGACUUUGCUACUUGACGUCUUCAGAGAUGUCAGAUGAUGACAGAAUGUCAUUGACGACUGCUGUCAGCGAUGAUGAUGAUGGAGAAAGUGUGAUGAAUUCGCCAUACAGGGGAAAAACAAUUGGGACUGCAGCCGAUUCUUUCAACUGCACUGGAGCAGUUCGAAAAGCGGGUUAUCUGAGUGUGAAAAAAUGGCUUUUGAGAAGGAAACAGCAUAUUGAGCUUGCGAGAGGACGAGGAUGGCGAGGUUAUUGGGUCUGUUUGAAAGGAACAACGCUUCUUUUCUACCCUUGUGAGUCCCACGAAAGCAGGGCAGUGGAAACUGCCCCAAAACAUUUAAUUAUCGUCGAUGGGGCCAUCAUGCAACCAAUUCCUGAACAUCCAAAAAGGGAUUACAUAUUUUGCCUCAGUACAGCCUUUGGCGAUGCCUAUUUAUUCCAGGCGCCUUGUCAAGUGGAACUUGAAAACUGGGUGAACAGCAUCCAUUCGGCUUGUGCCGCUGCCUUCGCUCGUCAUCGUGGCAAGACCGGAACAUUGCACUUGCUCCAGGAAGAAAUUUUCCGUUUGGAGAAGGCAAUCGACUCUGACUCAAAAUUGAAGCACAUGGCAGAUUUGCAGCAGUCGGUGGUUUCCGACGUAGAAACUAAAGAACAGAUCAAUAACCAAAUAGUUCAGUGGGAAGAGAAUCUUGAAAGACUUCACUGCGAACAAUUCCGUUUAAGAUGCUACAUGGCGAGUUUGCAGAGUGGAGAACUUCCUAAUCCGAAGAGCCUGCUCACACACGUUUCAAGGUCAACUAAGCAAACCUUGAACAAACUUGGAGUCUUUACGGUCUCGUCCUUCCAUGCGUUUAUUUGUGCGAGGAGCCCCUCGUUGUUGAAUAAUUUAUUGACUGGGAGAGGAGCUACGAAACGCAGACCACCUCUUUUAUCGAGAAGUAACAGCUCUUCCAGCAGGAGAUCUUUGCAGAUUUCUAGGGACGAAGAAAAAAUGGUCAAAGUCACUGUGCCUGAAAAUCAGCUUGUGUCGGUGUAUUUGAGGGACGCAAUGACUGUGGAGGAGUUUUUAGCAAGUGCUUGUAGUAGAAAAGGCCUGAAUGCGAUGGAACACUUUGUGAGGGUAAAGAAACGGCGAGAUAUGGAGGAUCAUAAUUAUUUCGUGCCUCACAGAACAGACCUAAUUGAAACUUAUUUGCACACGCACGAGAUGGUGGAAGUUUGCGCCAAAAUUCUGUAUCAAGUAGAGCUUCAAAGAAACACUUUAGACCAAAUGUGGGGUUUCUCGGUUGAAGCAGAACUGAUCGAAAAUUCCGAUCGUCAAGAUGAGCUCUGCUGUUAUGUCAGCAGGGUCGAGGAUAAGAGCGUGGCUAUGCAAAACGGAAUUAUUAAAGGAGACGAGAUCAUGGUCAUAAAUGGAGCAAUUGUGAGCGAUUUAGACAUGAUGUAUUUGGAAAGUGUACUCCAAGAGGAACUCGCCCUUUGUAUGAUGAUGCGUUCUUCGAGGACUGAACCUCCUGAUCUCACGGGAAUUAUGAGGGUCAAUGACGAUAUCGAAAGCCUGGUGUGUCCUCCUCCUCCGACUGAUCCACCAGUUAUCAGUGAUGAAAUGAUUUCUGGCCUGAUUGUUCCUGCUCCUGGUUGGAGUAAAGAAAAUUUGGUCCAGGAAUGUAUAACAUCAACUCCUGCUGGAACAGGAAAGCCAACAUCCAGGACAAAUUCUUUUGAAAUUGAAAAUUUGCUUAAGACUGCAGAACAGGUCACUGGAAUUUGUAGGUCGCCCGGAGAAACCAGGAAGUCUAGUCCAACCGGAAGUGUUGUCAGCUCACAUUCUCAGGCUUUAACUCCUAGCAGACAAUUAAGCGAUGCUGAGAAGCUGAAAAAAGUGAUUUUAGAAUUGAUCGAGACUGAAAGGACAUACGUAAAGAACUUAAAUAAUUUAUUGGAAAACUAUCUGGAGCCUCUGAAACGGGAAACGUUCUUGUCGAAUGCAGAAAUAAACGCGCUUUUCGGCAACAUUCAAGAAAUCGUAACGUUUCAACGACAGUUUUUGCAAAACCUCGAUCACGCGAUCGAAAUGGAGGCGGACUUUAACAACUUCGAGCAUCCGAGUCAAUUUAAGGGUGUCUUGUUUUCCAUUGGAAGUGCCUUCUUAUAUUACGUAAAUCACUUCAAGCUUUACAGCUCGUUCUGCGCGAGUCAUUCAAAGGCUCAAAAAGUUUUACAUCCCAACGAAGGAAACCAAGCUCUUCAAGAGUUCUUACAGGCGCGAAAUCCAAGACAGCAACAUUCCUCUACUUUGGAAUCAUAUUUAAUCAAACCUAUUCAGAGAAUUUUAAAAUAUCCGCUGCUUUUGCAGCAAUUAAGGAAUUUAACCGACGAGCGGAGCGAGGAACAUCGACACCUAAUUGAGGCACUGAAAGGAAUGGAAAAAGUAGCUGAGCAUAUUAAUGAAAUGCAAAGAAUUCACGAAGAAUACGGAGCGAUUUUCGAUCAUCUUUUCAGGCAGCAUCAGAAAUCUUGCAAACAGCCAAUCGAUCUAAGUCCGGGGGAUUUGCUCUAUUAUGGAGGCGUCGAAUGGUUAAAUAUUUCUGACUUCUUAGGAAAGAUCAAAAAAGGCCUGGAACUUCAUGCGAUGUGCUUUGUUUUUAAAUCUGCAGUAGUUUUCCUCUGCAAGGAGAGGCUGAGACAAAAGAAAAAAUUAAUGGGUGUUUCGACCAAAGCUAACGCGAGUGAAGUCGAGAUCAUUCGAUAUCAGGUUUUAAUUCCUGUUACUGAAGUUCAGGUGAGGGCGAGUUCGGCAAAGGAUAUGGAGUCACACUUCCUCUGGGAAUUGAUCCACCUUAGAAGUCAAUUGCAAAGGCGCUCAGAAAAAGUCUACGUUCUUUCUAACAGCACGACGGAAUUUAGGAAUGCUUUCCUAAAGACCAUUCGGCAGAUAAUAAGAGAGUCGGUCAGAAACAUGAGUAUUCCUUCAACGAAGCCCCAUUUGUCUCAACCGCCAAUGACUAUUUCACCCCGGAUGUCGAGUGGACACGUGGAAAAAUUUGAAAAAAGUGGAAACCAAAUUCAGGGUCAAAAUGGAACCAUAAUAAUGACUGGGUCGUUAUCAAAAAAGGCUUUGAAGCAGCAACUUCUGGCUAAUUCUCACAAUUCGAAGAGAAAAUACAGCCAAUCGAAGGCUGUAGAUCGGGAAAGUGUAGAGGAUAAAGAGGGGGUGGAAAAUGCAAGUGCAGGUCAACAACAAACGUUCCGAUCGAGGAGCAAGACCAUUAGUGACACUUCUGGGGAAGUAAAAGUCGAAAUGGAUUCAGGUACGAAGUCGGAGGGCGAAGAGGACUCGCAAGCUUUUUUAGGGGAGAAAAAAGCAAAUCUGGGUCGAACGCCUAAUCAUUUAACUUUGAGUACUACCUCAACAAUUUCUGCUGGAAGUACCGGAAGUCAGGCGAGACUAAUUCAGUCCUCCCAUCAGCCUGAAAAUUAUCAGCCAUCCAUGGUCAAAGAACUCGGAUCGCCGAUAUGGAAGCCUCGAGAAUUGCCGUCUCUCGGCGAAGCAACGACUUUGCCUCGUAAGGGAAAAUCGACCGGGGAAUUUGCUGAGAUGAGUUCGAGGCACAGCGCCUCCCGAAAGUCACUCGUAGAAAUCAACAAUUGUGCUCAAUAAUCCAACUUUAAUAAUCACGUCUAAUUAGUUAAUCGAAUAAUUAUUUAAAAAAUACAAUUUUAAAAUUAAAUCAAGGAACCUCGAUCUUCUGACGCAGGGAUUAUCAACUUAAAUCCAAUAUCUAAACUGUAAAGAUAUAAAUACCACAUAGUGCGUUGGUUGUUCGAGCUCAGCCAAUUUUUAUAAUUUAACCUAGAAACUUCAUUUGGAAACUUCAGGUUCUUUAAAUAUAAUCCGAAAUCAGUACAACAGUUAUAUAACGGGCAUUUAACAGUUAUGUAACAAAUAUGUAACAAGUACGUUAUAGUUAUAUAAAAUUUAUGUAACCGUUACGUAACAGUUGUGUAACCGAAGUG